AUGGGACCGCUCCUCAUCGAGGGCAACCUCGGCAAGCGCGACGUAUCUCUGGACCUGAAAUCCGAAAAGGAUCGCCAGACGCUCCGACAGCUCAUUCUCGACGCCGACAUUGCACUUGACGGCUACCGGCCCAGUGCCCUGGAGCGUCUCGGCUUUGGUGAAUCCUACUUACGCACCCUAGCCAGGCGGCGCGGGCGCGGAAUCAUCGUCGUUUGCGAAAACUGCUACGGAUGGCACGGCCCGUUGGCCUCGCGCGCAUGUUGGCAGCAGAUCUCCGACUGCUUCACUGGCGUCGCCUGGGGAAUGGGCGAGUUCCUGGGCCUCGAGGAACCCAUUGUGCCGCUGCUGCCGAACUCAGACUACCAGACGGGCAUCGCGGAGGUCCAGGCCAGCCUGCACGCACUGCAUCCCGACUUUGCGCCCCGCCGCUCGGAUGACAUGGGAGCCCUCAUGGCCAAGUAUCUACGGACGGCAUACGCAAACACGCCAGCGCUAUCCAAGCCCGAGUAUUUCGAGGAAAAAGAGAGUAACUAUGGCCGAUCGGAUGGAAAGCUUGAGAUGCUUAGAUUCGUCACCUCCCCGGCCAAGUUGGACGUCACAGCGCUUGGAUACGACAUUGGCAUUUGUUUCCACGGCGCGUACGCCCCUGAGUGGCCUGCUCGAAGUGCUUGA